AAGCAGAGCUCAGUAGCCUUAUUCUUUCCAUCUGAAACCACAGCUGAAGUAUCAUCAAAUCCUGCAGGCAAAACUAUUCCAGUAACUCAGUCUAGUAUCUUUGUGAGUGAAGCAUCAUCUGCCUUCAGCCCCACUACAGAAGCCACCUGGACAGCUUUCCCUCCCACUAUUACACUGACUGAAAUGGUGGCUACUACAGGCAGAGCUGCCACUGGUACAUUCAGUACCAGUAAUUUGGGCGAAGUGGCUUCUACCCCAGCAGAGAUGACCUCCAGCACUGCUGCGGAUGAGAGUAGCCCAGCCCGACUGUUUUCACAUAUUCCUGAUAAAGCUGCAACUGAAACUGGCUCCCCAACUACAGUGGAGCUCAUAGCCUUUAGCCAAACCGUUGUAGCGGCUUCAGCAACACUCUCUUCCUUUCCACAAGCUGAAACCACAGGUGAAAGAACAAAAUCCUUUAGCAUUUCUGCAGAAGAUGCUCUCCAGAGUAAUCCAGUCCCUUCCACAUCACUACUUGAAACAACAGCUAGCACAAGCAAUUUUGCAGCUGGAAUGACAAACGAUGGGGCUACCAAUCCUGCAGAAGAGUUUGCUACCCCUAUUACCAACACAGCGGUUGAAGAAACUCCCCCUGCAAUCUGGUCUUCACCUGCCAAAACAGAAAGAUUUUCAAUUUCAGCUAUCACAACUCCAGCAUCUCUCCCUUAUAUUUCACCAGAUGAAACCUCAUCAAUCUUUGGUGCCACUUCAGAAGCAACUUCAACAGUCUUUACUCUUCCUACGUCACCAGUAGAAAUCACAACAAAAGCCAGUAUUGCUACAGAUAGUGGCACUAAAAGUGUUAGCACUACAAAAGGAAAGACAACCUCAGAAUUGCCAUCUGCUAACACCAGCCUGAUUGGAAGAACAGUCACGGCAAAACUCCCAACCCCAUCAGACACCAUCACAUCCUUGUCAAAUAGCAAACCACCAGCUAGACAUGAUCUAGGGAGGAUCCACUUCAUCUUGUCCAUGAGCUUGACCACUUCUCUGAACACCACGAACCCUGCAGUCAGAGACGCUGUGGUGAAGAAGUUUCAUCAAGAUUUGCAUGCCAGGUUUCCUGAUGCUGGCUUCAGUGUAACAUGGAUUGGGCAACAACAGGAGAGCUGAAUAGGAAUUCACUGGAAGAUCCAUGAGCCACAACAUUCAGGACUGAAAGUAGAAGUCUAACCAGAGUACAGGAGAAUAUUCUUUGUCAUCUGAGCAUCAGCUCUGGUUAAAUGAUGUGCAAUGACUCUGGUCAGAAUCCAGGUACUGUAUUAUUCUAAUAUGCAAGCAGACAUGUUUUGUGCAAAAGGAAA